AUGGAAGUGCUCAGCAAAGGAAUACACUGGGCUUUAGUUCCAGCUGAUAGCCAUAUGGAAAAUGUAGCAGGAGUUGAGCUAGUGGAAUCGGCCUCAAGCUACCGAAUGCUCACGCAAAUGGAUGUUAUCAAGUUCUUGAAAGGAUAUGAGAAUGAGCUUAAAGGUAUUUUGUCUCGAAAGGUUAAAGAAAUUGGAGCAGUGAGUGAUAUAGUUUUCGGGGUUACCGAUAAAACCAAAGUAAUCGAUGCUAUCAAGUGCAUGAACACUGCUUCACUUAAUGCUGUGCCAAUCGUUCAGUCUUCAAAUGACCCCGGAGAAGAUCCAAGUCAGCUUAUAAAUGGAAAGGAUGAAAAGCUUGUGGGAACUUUUUCUGCAACAGAUCUUCGUGGAUGGCCUCUAUCUCAACUCAAGUCUUGCAUGCACUUAAGCGUGGUAGAAUUCAUUGAAAAAUGUUCAGGCACUCCACUGCAUGAAAUUUCUGGCUUGAGAACCUCAACUAAGGAUCUUAUAACUUGCUACCCGGAAUCGACCCUAGGGGAGGUGGUUGACAAGGCUAUCAACAAUCAUGUGCAUCGCGUAUGGGUGGUCGACGAACAAGGUUUGCUUGUUGGGCUUGUUUCCCUUACGGAUUUGACUAGGUUGAUUAGGAGUUGGAUGCUUUCAGAGCCCGUUUAG